ACGCUGUUCAGUGAACGUAUCAUGGCGGCAAGGCUGCUUCUUUCCCUCUGCACGGCCUUGAUGCCGGUAGAAGCGUACACCUUUGUACCUCCUCGGGCAUCUAUGCCACCUGCGGCGGGGCGGAGGACAGCGGGCGUGGGCGGCGAUGGUUGUGUUGGGAUCAGACCGAGCAGAGGGGCAGCAUUGCCUUCGUCGGCGUUCAUCGGGCACGGAAGCUGCAGGUGCGGAACGCAUACGGCAAGCAGGAGUUCGGUGGGCACGGGGACGAGGGGGGGGGGCUCCUUGCGGUGCCAAGCGGACGGCGGCGGCGGCGGCAAAGGGACCGCUCCCGCCGCGGCCAGCUGUACGGCCUCCUCCUCUCGAGAAGCCCCCAUGUCACCGAUGGGAGCAGCGACGACGCUGCUGCGACCACCGAUGGCAGAGGAUCGGGAGGCAGCAGGCGCGGCAGCAACAGGGAAGCCCGCCGUGGGCGGAGACGUGGACCUGUUCGCUCGAACCUGGGAGUCGCUGGACUUCGGCGUGGUGUUGGAGCGGCUGUCGAGGGAGUGCCGCACGGAGAUGGGCCGCUCGCGGGCGCUGAUACCAGAUUUCAAGACCACUCUGGAGGAGGUGCACGAGCUGUACGAGCGAGUCAACGAGGUCCUCCUGCUGGCGGGCGACGCGGUGCCGCUCCGCGCCGGCAUGGCGGUGGAGCCCCAGCUCGCCAUCGCCGCGGCCGGCUCAACCCUGGAAGCGACCGAGAUCGCCGCGGUAGCGUCGGCCCUGGAGGGCCUGUUCGAGCUCAGGGAGUUUUUCUGCGGGGCUAUGGCCGACGCAAAGGGUGCCGGUGGUAUGGUGGAUCGGUCCGGGAAGACUCCGCGGCUCGCGGCGGUGGCGGCGGAGAUCAAGCUCGACGAGGGGCUUCUGGGGUUGCUGAGGGGGGCUUUCGACUCCCAGGGGGAGCUGUCGGCCCAGCGGUUUCCGGAGAUCGGCCGGCUUCGCAGCAAGGCCGACUCCCUCCGGCAAGGCAUCAAGUCGACCAUGACCCGGCUCAUGGCGGGAGGGGAGUUCUCCGGUAUGCUGGCGGAUGAGGGCCGCGAGGCGUACGUGUCGGAGAUCGCCGGCCGCUUCGUCAUCCCGGUCACGCCCACCUACAAGAGAACCGUGGGUAUCGUGCACGACAGCUCCAGGACAGGAAAGACGCUCUACGUCGAGCCAACACAGGUGGUGGGACCGACGAACGAGCUGGUGGAGAUCGCGGAGCACGAAGACGAGAUCCUCCAGUCGCUGGCCGCGGCGGCCGAGGUUGACCUCGCUCUGGCUCGAGGACGGCUCGGCGCCAAGACGGGAGGCACCAUACCCAAGGUGAUGAACGAGGGCACCAUCAAGCUGGUGAACGCACGACACCCGGUCCUGCUUCUAAGGGGAAAAGCCCCGGUCGGCAACGACAUGUCCCUCGACGCCUCCAUGCAGGCGCUCAUCUUGACAGGGCCCAACGCAGGCGGUAAGACGGUGGUGCUCAAGACCUUGGGGUUAGUGGCCCUGAUGGCGAGGGCGGGGAUACCGAUCCCCGCGGCACAAGGGGCGCGCGUGGACCUGUUCGACCCCGUUCUGGCUGACAUCGGGGACCUGCAGAGCGUCACCGGCGACCUGUCGACCUUCAGCGGCCACCUCGUGGUGGCGAAGGCUGUGCUGAGCGGGGCGAGGGCCGGGUCCUUGGUGCUGAUGGACGAGAUGGGCAGCGGUACCGACCCCAUGCAAGGCGCGGCGCUGGCGCAGUCCCUCCUGGAGGCGUUGGUGGACGCCGGGUCCCGCGUGGCCCUCACGACGCACUACACCCAGCUGAAGGAGCUCGCCGCCACGGACGAGCGUUUCGGCGUGUCUGCCAUGCAGUUCGUCGACGGGAGGCCCACCUACCGGCUCAUCAAGGGGGCGGUAGCUGAGCGCUUGGAACUCCCGGCGUUCGUCGUAGAGCGCGCCCGGAGCUUACUAGACGACAACACCCGCCAGGUGUCGGAGCUGAUCAGCAAGCUGGAAGAGGAGAGAAACCAGCUGCAGGACCAGCUGGACAGGGCGGCCAAGAGGGAGACGGAAGUUCUGCAGCAGCUGAAGAAGCUGGCUGAGGAGAGAGAGGAGGCGGCGGAGCUGCGGUCGAUGGCCAAGAGAGACGCGGCAAAGGAGUACGCCGUCAAGCUCGACGCCAACGAGAAAAAGCUCAAGCAGGUGUGGUUCCAGGCCCCACGGUCGAAAAAGUCAGAUGGAACGGGAACGACCUCAACACAUUUUGUCUUGGCGCUACGCACGGCGCUGCUCGCUUUAUGA